AUGCAAGCCAUCAGUGAAGAAGUUUCGCAAGACAAACAACUUGUGUUUCUUCGUGGAAUUCUAACAGAUGAAUACGACCCGAUUGUGAAGAUCAUCGAAAACAUGCCCAGAAAAGAUCUAUUUCAAGCCAAGGAAACGCUACGUCGAGAGUGUGAAAGCGUGAAUAAAAAAGAGAGCAAUGAGAUUGCUCUUAAGGCGACUCAAGACUACAAGAGCAAAGGUCCCAGACCUAAAGGGAUAAAAGGCAAAAAUGACAACAAAAAGCAAGACGAACAGGCUUUCAUGGGAUGUGAACGUGGUUCUGAUGGAUGGCUACUCGACAGUGGUGCAACCAGUCAUAUGUGUCCAUUUCAAGAUGAGUUUGAUGAUAUUCGUCCACUCGACAGACCGAUUGUCAUUUCAGUUGCAAAUGGUGGCAAGGUUUUGGCUGCCGGAAUUGGGACGAUCCGAGUUAUACUAAAGAACAAGAAGCCAAUUCGGAUCGAAGAUGUGCUUUACGUCCCAGAUUUGAAUCAAAGACUUCUUUCGAUUCCAGCGUUGUCUGAAAAAGGAAUGCAUGUAACAUUCGGCAAAGCAUUGUGUAAGAUCAAGAGCGAUAAAGAAAUUGUGAUUCGAGUGACCCAGAAGGGCAAGUUGUUUGUAUUGGAGAGUAAUUCAGUGGAAUCUGCUAUCAUUAGCAAAGAGGUGAGUCAGGAUACCAAACCAGUGGAUCCAAGUGUGUGA